AUAUCAAAAGGCUGAUUGUUAUUUUAAAAAAAUCUCCUGCCUGUUGAGUUAUGCGAGGAAGAGACAUCCCAUAAACAAAAAAGAAGAUGAUAUAUCCAAAGUUUGCGUCUCGCCAUGUGGUGCUCAUGCUCCUCUUUCUCUCCUGGACCUUUGCAGUAAUGAGCAUCUUCGUUCUGAUGUGCGUCUUCAACAAUGCCCAGCUACCGUUUUCCCUCAACUCUGGCGAGAUUGGUGCCGACAGUGAUAAAUACACGAUACCGCAUAAUGCGAACAUCCAAAAUUGGAAAUACGGGCAUGCCAAGAGCAGUGCCCACGAUUUGAGAGAGAAGGGCAAGGAGAGCAGUGAUCACAAUGAAAUACCGGAAAUGGAUAUGGAAAGUCAGCACAUAUAUAUAGACGAGGUGGCAAAAUUUUCAGACGCCAAUGCUGAUGCAGUUAAAGCAAAUACUAGCGAUAUUAUAGAGCCCGCUGAGGAUCCAAAAUUAACGUAUAGUGUGCUCAAUAGAAUCGAGGUAACCAAACUUACAAAGCCUGCACCCUCAAUCGAUAGUGCUUCCGAAACAAACAAGAAUGUGGAGUUCUUCGAUGGCUUCUUCGACGACGACGACGAUAAUGAAAGCGAUGAGCUCUAUAGCCAGCAAAUUGCCAGCGGAAGUGGAGCUGGGCCUGGAGCUGCAACUGAACCGCUUAGUUCUAUGAAGAACUAUCCGAAAAAUGACGAUUACGAUCUGGAAACGAGAAAGUUCAUAAGACGCAUAAGUCUGAAGCUGUUGCAGUUGUCCAAAAGGAAUGCCACCUCUCAGAUGCACUAUCUAAAGAAUGGUAGUCCCAAUCUAACAGAGAAGCCGUACAAAAGGGGUAAAACUCAUAAGAGGCCCAAUGGGGAGUCAAAGAGAAGCAGAACUUUUAAAAGAAAAACUAAAUCGAUCAUGGAUUCCGACCAACUGUCGACCACUUACCGGCCCCUAAGCCCAAUAGCAACCUCGUCGACGAUCCAAAGCACACAAAGGGGUCAUCAUCCAACCUCAUCCGAGUCUCCGUACUGGCUGGAGACUCGCACCCGUCGUAUCGUCGGCAAUGAGCGGAAGAGUGCGGAGCGCUCACGACAAUUGCUACUCUGUGAGAAGGACAAGGCGGGCGGUGGGGAGCUCUGUAGGAUGCUGUUCAAGGGCACCUGAGUCCCAGAAAUCUAACCUAAUCGUAACCUUACGAGUAUUUGGUAUCGCACAAGAACAUAGAGCAUGGUGUUACUGUAGUAUUAUCUAUUGUAUUAUUUUACAAGUAUGUAUGUAUGUAUGUCUGUAUGUAUGUCUGUACGAUUAUGUAUUUCGAUUUGACUUUGGCAGGCCGAAGCGAGCAGCCAACUAGCUAGCUAGCUAGCUAGUCUGGUAAAAUAAACCAAAAAAAAAGAAGACACACACACACAUAAAUUACAAAUUGUA